AUGAAAAAUUUUGAAUCGAAGCGAAAUACAACAGAAGUGUUUGUACUUUCUGAUCGUUCGAAAUCCAGUUCAAACAGUGAGGAUCCGAGGAAUGAUAAAUCACAAGUAUUGGAAACAGAGAGAGCAAGUUGGGGGAAUCCUAUUGAGUUCCUUAUGUCAUGUAUAGCGUAUUCUGUUGGCCUAGGUAAUGUCUGGAGAUUUCCUUACACUGCAUACAGCAAUGGAGGUGGUGCAUUCGUUAUUACAUAUUUGAUAGUUCUUUUCAUUGUUGGAAAACCGGUGUAUUAUAUGGAAUCAAUACUCGGUCAAUUUACCAGUCAAUCUUGUGUCAAAAUGUGGGCUCUCUCUCCAGCUUUGAAAGGUAUCGGAUAUGGAAUGACAAUAGCAGUAUUUUCAAUACAAACUUACUACUGUGGUUUAAUGUCUCUGAUUUUAUAUUACUUAAUAAUGUCUUUUCAAUCUACAUUACCUUGGACUACAUGUCGCCCGGAAUGGGGUGAAGAGUGUUUCAAUUCAUCAAGCCCCUCAUCUUCAGGUGUUAAUUCUUCAAAAAGUAGCUCUGAACUUUAUUUUUUCAAAGUCGUCGUCAAUGAAAGCGGAAUAGAAAAUGGUCUUGGUAUUCCUUCAUGGCAGUUGGUAUCAUGUCUUCUCUUCAAUUGGGUCGUUAUCUUUUUAGUUCUUUUCAAAGGGGUGAAAACUGCUGGAAAAGCUUCAUAUUUCUUAGCUAUUUUCCCUUAUAUUAUGAUGCUGGCGCUAUUCGGAAGGUCUGUGACCUUAGAAGGUGCCAUUGAUGGAAUUAUUUAUUUUCUACGCCCAGACUGGAACAAAAUGACAGAUCCACAAGUUUGGUAUGCUGCCGUUACACAAUCAUUUUUUUCACUUGGUGUUUGUUUUGGAGGAGUUGUAAUGUAUGCUUCGUACAACAAAUUUGAUCACAAUGUAACGAGGGAUUGUAUGAUCGUUUCAACUCUUGAUCUUUUCACAAGCCUCAUCGCAGGUAGUACUAUUUUUGGAAUUUUAGGUAAUCUGGCUUUUAAAUUAGGAACCGAUGAUUUCAAUUCGGUUGUUAGAUCAGGAAGUGGAUUAGCCUUCAUCUCUUAUCCUGAAGCUUUAGCACAAUUUUCAGUUGUGCCAUCUGUGUUUUCCGUAUGUUUUUUCUUGAUGUUAUUUACUCUAGCUAUUGGUUCAUCUGUUGCUUUCUGUAGUACUGUCAUUAGCGUAAUUAAAGAUCAAUUUCCAAGGUUUUCCGAAUGGAAAAUUGUACUAGGAGUUUGUACAUUAGGAUUCGCAAUUGGGAUUAUUUACUGUACACCGGGUGGACAAUAUAUGAUUAAUUUAGUAGAUUAUUACGCUGGUACAUUUAUACUUAUUGUUUUAGCGACUUGUGAAGUUAUUGGUAUUUCAUGGAUAUAUGGAGUCGAUAAUUUUUUGGAUGACGUGGAGUUUAUGACAAAUAAAAGACCCUUUGUAUUUUGGCGCAUAUGUUGGGUUUUCUUAACACCAAUCUUACUCUGUACAAUAUUUAUUUAUUUCAUGAUUUCAUUAGAUCCAUUAUCAUACAACAAUGAAUAUUAUCCAACAUCUGCAUAUGUUGCUGGCUGGGCUCUGGUGGCUUGUGGACUCGGGCCAACUUUAGUAUUUUUGAUUUCUUCAAUCAUUCACAGUAAAAAGAAAACAUUCUCUGAUAUUUUCAAACCGUCAGAUAACUGGGGUCCACGGAAUGCUGAAACUCGUGAAAGAUGGAAAAACUUUAAACUUUUGAAGCAGCAAAAAAGGGCUCUUGACUCGAAAAAAAAUAAAAUAUCAAGGAUUUUUACAGCAUUAUUUGAAAAAUUUAAUUAAGCUAUAAUUGUACGAAUCGUUAUUAAAUAGAUAAAAAUUGA